AUGCGGGCAAUGCGGGGAAACCACGGAAUUGACGCCGACUCUAUUGACUUACCGAACCCCCUCACCUUUAAAACCUUUAAAACCACCUCAAACUUCCAAAUCAUCUACUCAUAUCAAACAAUCAUGUCUGCCCAAAGCUCAAGACUCCAAGGGAAAGUCGCCAUCGUCACUGGAGCAGGAUCCGGAUUCGGUGCCGCAAUCGCCCGCCGCUUCGGCGAAGAAGGAGCAAAGGUCAUCGUCGCCGAUAUCAACACAGAAGGAGGCGAGAAAGUCGCCGCGCUGAAUCCCUCCGACCUCCUCUUUCAACACGUCGACGUUACACAAGCGGAUAGCUGGAAGGCGGUUGUUGAGCUUGCGUUCUCCAAAUUCGGACGAUUGGAUAUCCUGGUGAAUAACGCGGGGACUACCUACCGGAAUAAGCCCACGACCGAAGUAACCGAAGACGAAUGGGAACGUGUUUUCAAGGUUAAUGUGAAGAGCAUCUACUUGGCUGGAGUGAUUGUUCUUCCUCGUUUGAUCGAACAGGGACAGGGAGGUUCGAUGAUUAAUAUCUCUUCUACGGGGGCGAGUCGUCCGCGGCCUGGGUUGGUUUGGUACAAUGCUUCAAAGGGAGCUGUUACAAAUGCUACGAAGGGUCUUGCGGCGGAAUAUGGUCCGCAUAAUAUCCGGGUGAAUAGUGUUGCGCCUUUACUUUCUGGGACUGGACUUUUCUCUAUGUUUACUGGUAUGGAGGAUACUCCUGAGAAUAGGGAGAAGUUUAUUGGAAAUGUACCACUUGGUCGACUUACCGAGGCGGAUGAUAUUGCCAAUAUGUGUUUGUAUUUGGCUAGUGAUGAGGGGAGCUUCAUCAAUGGUACUGAGAUGGUUGUUGAUGGUGGAAAAUGUAUUUGA